AUGGCUUCCUCAUCGUCACCCCCACCACAGCCGCCAAACGUUCUUUUGUUGGGAAGAAUGGGGCUUUCCCAUGAAACCGUUUUUGGAUCAAUAAAGAAAGGUCGCAAAGAAAUGCGCAAAACGAUUCUCCUGCUUGGCGCAAAAAAUAGCGGAAAAACGGCUCUCGUGAACAGUGUGACGAAUUAUUUGUACAAGAUUGGACAAGACUCAAAAUAUCGAUUGCAUAUUGUGGGAAAAGAGAAGACAAGUCGAGGUGGGCUCUCAAUGGGGCCAACAACGUCUGUGCAUACUUAUGUUUUUCACGGAACUCGAGUCCCAACUUCAUUGGCUUUAGUCGACACUCCUCCACUUGGAGAGCACCAAAAAAAUCACAAAGAGGUUUCAUGUACAAAAAUCAAAAAAUGGUAUGCAUCGAGUUAUGAUCAUCCAUGCAAAGAUAUUGAGAUCUGGUUGGUGAUCUCAGCUCAACAGCCAUCGGUCACUAAAGAAUUCAUGAUCGAAUUGAAGGAGUUAUUGGAAGAUUUAGAUGCUCUACAUAUUAAAGUAACCCCAGUGAUCACUUUCUCGAAGAAUCGGAAACCGAUCUUAGCGAUGAAAGCCCUCGAACUACUCGGCUUUCAGACACAACUAGAAAACGUUGACUACUUUAUGGUGAACAAUGAAUCAGUGCUACCGAUUGGUGGAUGUGCACAAACGAAUGCUCUGCCGAUGAAAGAAACUCUGAGAAAUUUGAGAGCUCUCUUGAUCAACACGACUGAACCGAUUGUGCAUAUUUUGGGCACUGUUGUUUCCAAAGAGGCUUCACACUCUAUUCGGGAAUCGAGAGAAUUACUGCAAACUCCUAAAGAAGAACUCGAUGCGAAUAACAAUGAAAAGCACUACAAUUUACCUAAACAACUCCAAUGGAGUGUCCGCUCGCAAACACACGAGGAUCACAUCUAUGCAACGCCAAAGAAAACUCGUCCUCCAAUCAACGUGAAUCGAUAUCCAGUGAAACCGAAUAAUUUGGUGCUUCAAAAGUCAAUAAGUUCCUCGCAAGUGAAUCUGAUAUCGAUCAGUCCAUAUGAGACGGUCGUU